AUGGAGCAUAGGGGAAGAACGUCAUUCUGGGGUUGCGUUGUGGAGGCUGGGUGCUCGCACACCUUCGACCCCCCUAGUCAUUCCUUCUCCAAGCUCCACCUGUCACAGGCCGCGCUCCCCACGGAUGCCAAGCCCAACUCCAAGGCCACCCUCGAGGUGAAGACCAGGGACAGCCUCGCACGGGCCGUCGUCACCCUACGCGCCGGUAAAGUCGAGCAUGCCAGCAUAGACCUCGUCAUUGAUGAGCAGGUCGUGUUCUCUGCGGUGGGCGACGCCGACAUUCACCUCACCGGCUACCACAUGCCAGAGUUCGAGGGCGACGAUGAGAGUGACCUGGAGGCUGCGGGGGAGCCUGCAGCACAGACGGUCGCAAAGCAGGCAGCCCAGCCUGUGGCCAAGGCCCCGGUCAGGGCUGAGACCGCCAAGCCGGCAAAGGAGGCAAAGAAGCGCACCUUCCCCAAUGGCUUCGAGAUUGAGGUCCUGAAGCAGGGUCUGCCGGAUGCAAAGUUUGCCAAGGCGGGGAAGACGGUCUCUGUCAAGUACACAGGGCGGCUGAAGUCUAGUGGGAAGGUGUUUGAUGCCACCAAGGGCAACAGGGCGUUCAACUUCCGGUUGGGAGUGGGAGAGGUCAUCAAGGGCUGGGACAGGGGGGUGGAGGGCAUGCGCAUCGGCGACAAGCGCCGCUUGAUCAUCCCCCCGGCGAUGGCGUACGGGACCAGUGGGGCUGGCAAGGCCAUUCCCCCGAAUGCCUGGCUCGACUUCGAGGUGGAGCUGGUGAACGUCAAGUGA